AUGGAGGCGGACGGGGACCGGGAGGAGCUGGCCCACCUGCGCUCGCUCUUCGCUGCCUGCGACGCGAACCGCUCGGGGCGCCUGGAGCGCGAGGAGUUCGGCGCGCUGUGCGCGGAGCUGCGCGUGCGGCCGGCCGACGCCGAGGCCGUGUUCCAGCGGCUAGACGCUGACCGCGACGGCGCCAUCACCUUCCAGGAGUUCGCGCGCGGCUUCCGUGGGUCCUGCCGCGGGGGGCGGCACCGAGCCUGGGCUCCUUGGGAGCCCGCGUCUGCCUCAGCCCAGGUGGGACCCGACCCCGAGGACAGCCAAGAGGACGAGGGCGACGGGGACGCGCUGGCAGCCCCCUGGGGUCGGGCGAGCGCCGGCCAGGCUUGGCAGGACUUCCAGGCGCGACUUGGAGACGAGGCCAAAUUCAUCCCCAGAAAAGAGCAAGUUAGUACCUUGUAUCUAAACAUCAACCUUGUGGAGCCAAGACUAAUUCAGUCGUAUGAGCAUGUUAUAAGGAACUUUAUCCAUGAGAUCAAACUGCAGAGCACAGAAAUGGAAAACCUGGCCAUUGCAGUGAAGAGAGCCCAGGACAAGGCAGCCAUGCAGCUGAGUGAGUUGGAAGAGGAAAUGGAUCAGAGGAUUCAGGCAGCAGAACACAAGACGCGUAAAGAUGAAAAACGUAAGGCUGAGGAAGCCCUCAGUGACCUCAGACGUCAGUAUGAAACAGAAGUAGGAGAUCUACAGGUGACAAUAAAGAAACUUAAAAAGCUAGAAGAACAAUCAAAACAACUAAGUCAAAAAGAAGAUGUGGCUGCCUUAAAAAAGCAAAUUUAUGAUUUAUCAAUGGAAAAUCAGAAAGUUAAGAAAGAUCUUUUAGAAGCACAGACAAACAUAGCCUUCCUCCAGAGUGAAUUAGAUGCUUUGAAAAGUGAUUAUGCCGAUCAGACUCUGAAUUCAGAAAGGGAUCUGGAAAUAAUCCGAGAGUACACAGAAGAUCGAAAUAGUCUUGAGAGACAAAUUGAAAUACUCCAAACAGCUAACCGGAAGUUACAUGACAGUAAUGACGGCCUUAGGAGUGCCCUUGAAAACAGUUACAGCAAGUUCAACAGAUCUUUGCGCAUAAGUAAUAUAUCACCAGGGAAUACAAUUUCUAGGAGCAGUCCCAAAUCUAAUGGUCAUUCUCCUCAUCCUCUGGGCUUUGACAGGUCAUUCCGCUCCUCCUACAUGGAUGAGGACUGUGACUCAUUGGCCCUCUGUGACCCUAUGCAGAGGAUGAAUUGUGAGGUGGACAGCCUUCCCGAGAGCUGCUUUGACAGCGGCUUGUCUACCCUGAGAGACUCCAACGAAUAUGACUCGGAGGUGGAAUACAGGCACCAGAGGGCACCUCAGAGGUCACACGGCACGCAGGAGAGCUUUGGGGGUGAUGCUUCAGACGUAGACGUUCCUGAUAUAAGGGAUGAAGAGACGUUUGGUGCCGAAGGUGUGGCUGCCAUCUUAGACUGGAAGCCCCAGGGGUCCACUAGUGAGGGCAGCAUCGUCAGUUCUUCAAGAAAGCCCAUCUCAGCUCUGUCACCACAGACAGACAUGGUGGAUGGCGACCAUAAAUCUUCCAGCUCACAGAAGGCUUACAAGAUUGUGCUUGCUGGGGAUGCUGCAGUGGGGAAGUCUAGUUUCCUCAUGAGGCUCUGCAAGAAUGAAUUUCGAGGAAAUACAAGUGCCACCCUGGGAGUCGAUUUUCAGAUGAAAACUCUCCUUGUGGACGGAGAGCGCACAGUCCUGCAGCUCUGGGAUACGGCUGGUCAGGAGAGGUUCAGAAGUAUCGCCAAGUCUUACUUCAGAAGAGCAGAUGGCGUUCUGCUGUUGUAUGAUGUUACGUGUGAGAAAAGCUUUCUCAAUGUUCGAGAAUGGGUGGACAUGAUCGAGGAUGCAACCCAGGAGAGUGUUCCUAUCAUGUUGGUAGGAAACAAGGCUGACCUCCAUGAUGCUGCUGCAGCAGAGGAACAGAAGUGUGUCCCGGGAUACUUGGGAGAAAAACUGGCCAUGACCUAUGGGGCAUUAUUCUGUGAAACCAGUGCCAAAGAUGGCUCGAAUAUAGUGGAAGCUGUUCUCCAUCUUGCUCGGGAAGUGAAAAAAAGGACCGAUGAAGAUGACAGCAAAUCCAUCACCAAUCUGACCGGGACCAGUUCCAGAAAGUCAGCGCAGAUGAAGAACUGUUGCAGUAGUUAAAUCCCAAACAUCCUUGGCCUGUCAGGUCUUCAGGCCCAGAGUCCUGGGUGUCUGUGACGUGUUUGCUUCUCACAGAGGCCUGCGUCAUCCAGACACGGCCAGGUGGAAGCUGACAGUGUGGGCCUCGGAACUGUGCUCUGAGAUCCUUCUGGAGCCCUGGCUCUUUGCUAGGUUUCAGUGAAUGAUUUGGGCCCCAAGGUUGAAGGUACCUUGUCUUGUCCUUACAGAGUCUCAAAAGAGAACAUGUAAAAAAAUUGUUAAAAAAAUCAUAUGCUCAGAUCAAAGCUAUAGAAGAAACUUCCUGAUGUAGAUUCACAUGGUAGCUAACUUUGUAGAUAACCUAAAACAACAUUUUUUUUUUCAAGUAUCUGUUACUAGAAUACUAGUAAAAGGGGAUUAUCAUCCUAGCUUUGCUGUCUGUGGUCUCAGAUGUGUCAGCAGCCCACGAUAGACCUGUUUCCUCACCUGCAAAACAAGGAGCUUGGCUUUGCAGGCCUUGGCCUCUCGGAUUCUGUGCACUGUAAGGAGUGGGAAGGAGACCACGAUGACUCACGGUUAAUAAGGACUCUGGUUAGUCGACUUUUUAAAUAUUGGGGCAUUGACUUUUCUCAUUUCUGAAACAACAGAAUUUAAUUGAGAAAAAAUAAUGUUGUAGGCUUCAGUGGAGACAGAAAAAUCUAUUUUUAUAUACAGAGGAAAAAACGUUUGUGUGACAAAAAG